AUGGUUUUACCGAACGCCUGGAGACCCUGCAUUUUACUCGUUUUGUUGCCGGGGAUCCUGGCCCAGGGCUGCCGAAAUCUGCAGGAAGAUAUUAAUCAAGACGCUCAAAGAGAGCUGAAUGAAAUGGGAGGACCACUUUCGAAGCAGUGCUCACUUGAAAAACGGUCACUGGGAGUUGUGACAGUGAAGUUGUACAGGCUGGUGAAAAUGGGCCAGGAAAGGAUCAGUGUUGUCAAUCAAACGUUGCAUCAUAUCAGCGAGAUCUACAGCAUGAACCUGAGCUCCGUCACCUGGCCCCGGGACAAGGUGGAAAACCUUAGGGUUCUCCUGGACGGGCAGCUCAGAGAGCUGGAAACAUGUGUGCGGAAACGGGGCUCGGGGUCCCAGCCAAGGACAAGCUCCGCAAUUGAAAAAUACUUCACAGAACUCAGCAAGUUUCUUGAACGGAAGGGAUUCAGUGCCUGCGCCUGGGAAAUAACCCGUGCUGAGACCCAGGCGUAUUUUCGACAGUUCCCUCACAUAAUGGCAGCAAUCAGCGAGUGA